AGAAUGGCAAAUAUCUGUUGAUAAGAUAACAGCGAUUGUUACCGAUAACGGUCCAAAUAUGGUUAAGGCAGUGGACAUAUUUGUUGGAAAAAAUCGCCAGCGGUUGAAAAGGCACUUGAAACAGUGGGUGGUCUCAUGAAUAUCAUUCACAAAGUUAUAUCGACUGUGACUUGGUUUAAAGCAUGCAUAAAUGCAAGCGAUGACCUUCGAAAAGCGUGUGACUUAAAGUUAAAGCAAGCCAUAUCAACUCGUUGGAACUCUGUGUUCUAUAUGCUCAAAAGGUUUCUAGAAUUGCGCGGUGUUUUAACUGAAAUCAUUUACAACUACUCUUCUGCACUUGACAUGGUGAAUGUCAGGGAAAUAGAAAUUCUACAGGACGUCAUGCGGAUAUUAGAACCAAUGGAGGAAGCAACUAGACACGUCUUCGGUGAAAAAUACGUCACCAGUAUUCUGGUUACCCCUUUAGUGUCUUGUUUAAAUGAAACGGUUGACAACUUAGAGCCAAAAACCGAAAUGGGAAAACAACUGCAGCAGCAGUUAUUGAAUCAAAUGACAGGUCGUUUCGCAAAUCGAGAAAAAUCGCUUUUGCUCGCAAUGGCGAGGAUUCUUGUUCCAAGAUUCAAAAAAGUCCACUUAAAAGAUCCUCUAGCCUGUUCAAGAGCAAUUAACCACAUCAGAGAUUUAAUUAAAAACGAUGUGGAGCAAAGAGAAGACGAAUUUACUGAAGUCCCACAGCCAGCAAAUGGAAAGUCUUCAUCUUUGUGGAACGUACAUAGUAGAGUUGUUCAUGAAGCAUCACAGAGAAAGGUUGCACUAGACGAAAGUUUCUCUCAAGGAGAUGAAUUGUCAGUAUUUUUAAAUGCUCCGGUCGUCAAUGAAAAAAACAAAUCCCUUGGAAGAAUGCUCAAAACUGGCUGCAGCGUAUCCAAAGCUGGCGAAAAUAUCCCCAAAGUUCCUUUCUAUUGCUGCAACAAGCGUUCCAUGCGAACGGUUUUUUUCGAAAGCAGGCUUCUGUUUAAAUGAAAAAAGAAAUCGGCUCUCGGGACCAAAGCUACAUAAGCGAUUGUUCUUGCAGUCGAUUUCUACAGCAGAUUGGUAGUUGACACCGCAAAAUGUCAUUUACACGAUAUUUGCAAUCAAGACUAGACUUUAAACGCAUUAUGUUUAUUAAAUAAUGUCCGAAAUGUGAAUUUGUUAAUAACAUUUGUUUAAACAAUAAUCAGAUAUAACUUGCUUUUCUUA